AUGCUUGGAGGUUCACCGAAACAUUCAUCAAGUGGAAAGUGCGAUGGCAGAAAUGAACUUCAUUAUCAUCUUUUGCUUAUUGUGGUGGAAACCUUUUUUUUGUGGUUGCAGAAAAUUAUUAGCCUGAUAUUGGGACAGUUGCGGUACUAUAUAAAUUUAAAUGUAACAAAUUACUUCGCCUUCGGGCAUUUGGUCAAUUUGAAACGAUACAGAGAAGAUUAG